GUGCUUCUCCAAAUCCACCAUCCACCAUCCACCACCAAAGUCCACCCAUUUCACUCGUUCUCUGUGUUUCUUCCUCAUUUCCUAUUUAACUCCGCCAUUUUCACGGUUUCUUUUGAAUUUCAAACUUUACUCUUCCUGCUUUUUGAAGCUCAGCUGAGAAUAUAUUCCUAAUAAACAAUGCCCAUCUAAGAGAACCAUACCAUUAUUCCAUUUCUUCUCAAGCUUGCCCAUCCCUUUCUGUUUCCAAGUUUCAAUUUUUUUUGAACCCAUCUCUCUGUGUUUUUUAUUGCAGUAAUUAUAUGAAUAUAUGUUGUUGGGUUGUAUAAAUUGCAGCCCUUUAGGGUUCUGAAGAAUCUUUGUUGGUGUGAUUUGAUUCCCGAUUUGGGGAAAGUGCCCUCUGGUUCUUCGGAUUUUGCAAUGGUUUCUCUUCAGGAUUCUCAGAUUCACGCCGAUUCCGGCGGAAGUAGCUUCAGCCAGACGCGGUCUUGUUACUACUUCACUCCGCCGCCGCCGUCUUCCGCCAAGGUCCACCGGUCUAUUGGCCGUUCCAUGCGCACCAUCAGGUCGAAUUUCUACCGGAGCGGAUGUUCGGCUUCUGAGGAAUCGGGGAGCGUGUCGGAGAAUCUGACGGACUCCGUCGUCGAUAUGCGCCUCCGGGAGCUCGCUUGUGAACCCGCCGUGAAAAGGUCUUCGUGUCUGGAAGAGGAGUGUUUGGAGAUCUCGCAGGCCUUCAGUGAUUUCUCCGCUUGUAGCAGCGAUAUUUCCGGCGAAUUGCAGCGGCUGGCGACCGCGGAUCCGGUUGCGAGCCCGAGCCCGAGCCCGAGCACGAGUGCCCAGCCCGAACCCGAACCGGAGCCAUGUCUAGGGUUUCUGCAGAGAGAGACGUUCUCGACUGAAAUAAUCGAGAACAUAUCGCCGGAGGAUCUCCUUCCGACGGUGAAUCUGUGCGUCGAGGGUUUGAAGUCUUCGUCAGUGGCCGUGAAGCGAUCUGCGGCGGCGAAGCUGAGGCUACUAGCCAAGAACAGGGCCGACAACCGGGCCUUGAUCGGAGAAUCAGGCGCGAUACCCGCGCUCGUACCUCUUCUCCGGUGCUCCGAUCCCUGGACUCAAGAACACGCCGUCACCGGCCUCCUGAACCUCUCCCUUCACGAGCCCAACAAGGCCGUCAUCACCUCCUCCGGCGCCAUAAAAUCUCUGAUUUACGCGCUGAAAACAGGGACCGAAACGUCCAAACAGAACGCCGCCUGCGCUCUGCUGAGCCUGGCGCUGGUCGACGAAAACAAGCUGUCAAUCGGCGCGUCUGGGGCCAUCCCGCCACUGGUUUCCCUUCUGAUCAACGGAUCGAACCGCGGCAAAAAGGACUCCCUAACCACGCUCUACAAGCUCUGCUCAGUGAAGCAGAACAAGGAGAGGGCAGUAAUGGCAGGCGCAGUGAAGCCGCUGGUGGAGCUGGUGGGAGUGAACGGGAGUGGGCUUGCAGAGAAGGCCAUGGUGGUGCUGAACAGCUUGGCCGGGACUGAAAUGGGAGGAGAAGCGAUAGUGGGAGAAGGCGGGAUUACGGCGCUGCUGGAGGCCAUAGAGGAUGGCUCUGACAAAGGGAAGGAGUUUGCAGUGCUGGCGCUUCUGCAACUGUGCGGGGACAGUGUGAGGAACAGGGGAUUGCUGGUUAGAGAAGGUGGGAUUCCUCCUCUUGUUGCCUUGUCCCAGAACGGAACUGCUAAAGCUAAGCACAAGUCUGAGAUACUUCUUGGUUACUUGAGAGAACCCAGACAAGAAGCAUGAGCAUCAACACCUAAGGGACUGCUGCAGUAGGGGUAUUCAUUGUCUUUAGAAAGUGGUUCAUUAUAUGCACAAGGUUACUUCUGGCUUGAAGUGUUUGUACAGAGUGGCUUAGUUCUUUGUUUAUAGGAAUAGAUAGGGUCUCCUCACCUUUUUUAAGGUACUAAACUACUUGUUCUGUUUUGGGUUGGUGAAUAGGCUUUUUAGGGCUUCUUUCCCAUCUGCAAUUGGCAUUUGCAUGUAUGUAUUGGAGGCGCCUAAUUUUCCUGGGUUUUUUUUUUGUCUGAGAAUUUGGCUGCUCAUCCUCUAUUUCUGCAUGAAUGAAGUCCAGAUUCUAUUAGAAAUGUUACUAAUUGUGGUGUUCUUGUUAAUGUGAGAUGUUGUAUUGAUCACUCUCUAGAGUCAUGUUCUGUGUUUUA